AUGGCGGUAAGUGGUUAAUCCGAUGUCUAUGGGAAAUCGAUAAUCCAACCCCGUGAAAGCCCGUGAGAGUCGUUUUAAUGCGUUAAUCAAUCGAUCUCCUAUCUGCCUGAGUACGUCUAGAGGCUAGAUUCGAUUAGGCCGGCCACUGAACAAUUUCUCCAAAAAGCAGAUGGCAAGCAGCAGCAGCAGCAGCAGCAGCAGCAGCAGCAGCAGCAGCAGCAGCAGCAGCAGCAGCAGCAGCAGCAGCAGCAGCAGCAGCAGCAGCAGCAGCAGCAGCAGCAGCAGCAGCAGCAGCAGCAGCAGCAACCUGGCCAGUUUAGGUAUUUGUCCGUCACAAAUGACGAGGACCAAUACUGCUUCACCCAGGGAAUACUGGCAGUUCGAGCACGAACUGAUUAUUAG